UAUAAAGCGUGGCGGUAAAGGACAAGUUGCCAUUCGAAGAGAGCUGUAGGAGUAUAUUGUAUUUUCCUGCGAUCACAAUGACAGAAAUGCAUGGCACAUCAACCAGAUCUACUGAGAAAGUGUUCAAAGUGCUUAUAGUGGGGGAUCCAUCAGUUGGUAAGACAUCCUUUGUGCAACGUUAUGUUUAUAACACUUUUAACAGACAUUACAAAGGGACAGUUGGUGUGGAUUUUGCACUAAAGGUACUCCACUGGGCUGAUUCGAUGACUGUAAAGUUACAACUGUGGGAUAUUGCUGGUCAGGAAAAAUUCAGCUGGAUGACACGAGUGUACUAUAAGGACUCAGAUGGCUAUCUGAUCUUGUUUGACUUGUCAAACAAAAACACAUUAACUAAUGCAAUCAAAUGGAAAACUGAUGUGGAUUCAUUGUGUACUCGAUCAGACGGGAGAAAACUGCCUUGCAUCUUAGUAGCAAAUAAGUGUGACAUACCAGACAGCGAAAAACAAGUUACUCGAGAAGAACUUGAGGAGAUCUCCAAUCAGUAUCAAUUCUCUGGCUGGAUGGAAGCUUCAGCGAAAGAAGGCACCAUGGUGAACGAAUCCCUAAGGUCUCUUACCACCCUUAUGCUACUGGAACAGAGGAAUUAUCGUGAGACAUCUCCAAACAUCACACUGGUCGCUUCUGGAACUCCCACAAGGAAAUGUUGUUAAUGCAUGUUAGCAUGCUCUGGAGCUUAUAGAUAUAAAUGACAGUUGCAAUCGUCUCUUAAAAAUAUUUCACUAUUCUGUGCACUAUUCACAAUUUGAAACAACAAUUUGCAUGCUGCAUUUAAUUUAAAAAAAAAUAAAUAUUUGCAUUUAUUUGUACGUUUCCAUGAUGAUAAACAAUUCUGGUUAAUGAAAAUCACGAAUUGUAGCUCUAAUCUGUGGUUAACCCUGGCAGCUUCAGAUGACCAGUGGUUCAAGUGCCUAUAGCCUGCCAGAAAUUUUCAAAGAAAUUAUGAAGUACCACAGUUGUCCAUAGAAGUAAUGUUUCUGAGCAAUAAUAUUUCUAGCAUGGAGAGGGUUUACACAAAGCCUCAAGCUGUAUAUAAACCAUUUUGUAAUCUCGAGAAUGGCCUGUUUAUUAUUUAGACACAUUAUGUACAAGAUUGCAUCUCAUGUCACUUUCAGAUGAUUCCAUAGCUGCACUAUGAAUAUGCAGGGUGGAAUUCUCCCAGCAGAUAUAUUCCUUAUUGAGUAUAUACUGCAUAUUAAUAUUAUUUAACAUUCUUAUGAACAUUUCUAAUACAAAUGUUAUUAAUUCUGCAGUCAGAGGGUAAGUUAGUAUAAAAUGAACUCUGGUAAUGGGCAUUUUGACAGUAUACAUAGCCACAAAAAUGGAUGCAGAGUAUUUCAAAAUGAAGUAAAUGUGUUCAAAUAUUAAUAUAAUAUUCAUUAAUUUCACAGUGAUACUACAUAUACUUACAGGUAGCUAAUCUGACCCAAAUUUCUUUUUAAUACAUGCCACAGAUGUCUAUGUCACUGAGCAUAAGAAGGUGAAUUCUGUUAGAAAUGUGUAAUAGGAGUUUUGUAAAUGUUACCAAAAGGAUCCACCAUAAGGAAAGUAUGUGUUUUUGUGUGAGUAAUCUCAAACCAAGGGGUGAAAAGUAAGUAAGUGAAAAACCUGUUGCCCCCACAUCACUGAAAUUGUACCGCUAGUGAUAGAGGCCUUUCAGCACAGCCCAUGGAUGUCAAUUUACAGAUUCAGAUCUGAGUUACACUUGCCUCAGACAGCAGUCCGAUAUAUUAUCCACAAGUAUUUGAUUUUGACAACUGCAGACUGCAGUUAAUACAGGCCAGGCUUUGAAGCCAAAUGACAAACACAAGUGAUACUAUUUCUGUUAUGGCUUCAAGUGAAACUUGAAGAGAAUGAUGCAGCACAACUUGUCAUCAGUGAAGACACCACUUUCCACUGUAGCAAUAAAGUCAACCACCAUGUUAGGCAUCUGUCCCCUGCCACACCCAGAUUUAAAAAGGAAACUUCUAAGCGAAGGGAAUAUACCAAAGUUAAUUUUACUUCAAAUGAUUUUAUCUUAACACUUCAGGGAAAUCAGUGUAAGUAAUUUUACAUGGCUUAAAUAUAUAAGUUCAUAAGUA